UGAUAGAGUAUAUAGACUCGGACCCCCGGGUCUCACGACUAUUGGGCCCGGACAGCGGCCCACAUACGCUCAGUAGAUAACAUUUAUCUCAUUGUACACUCUAUUUUAUUCAUGUAUAUCCAUUAGAAUAGAUUAGAUACCAUUUAUUAGCCAUUUAUUGGCCUUUUAUUGUAACUGGGCCAGCCAGGCCCAAGCCUGGAAGCCCAGCCCUCUUUUCUCCUAUAAAUACUCCCUAUGGGAGCCAUGUAGGGGAUGGUUGAAUGAUUGAUUGGGAAUUCAUUUACACAUCACUUUAUCUCUCUAGCUCUCACUUCUCUCUAGAAUAAAUAAUCUAUCAUUUGGUGCUUUCAUUGAGAGCUAGAAUAUAUCAAAUCCUCCCAACCAACAAAAGCCAUAGACGUGGUAUCACCUCGUCCCUAAUGGAGCAGCAUGUCACCUCUACCUAUAUGUGGUGUACACUCCUCGGCCAAAGGUGAGAAACUCCCACACCCAUCGGCCAGUAUUCACUUCAGGACAAGAAACUACACAAAGAUGAAAGCAGCCCCACGUCGUCCUGAAAACAGAAACACUGCUCUCCCUCGGCCAGAACAAAAGAAAAAAAAAAAGCACAAGUUUUGUGGACUCCACGGCUCCCAGUUCCAACUUGGCAGAAAUAGCGAGAUAGAGCUCCGCGCCCCAUCGGCCGACAUCGCUUCAUCCAAAGGAAACUCCCUGGCAACGUAUCGGCCGCCACCGCAUCGGCCAUACAAAUGAACCCGCAUCGGCGCAUCGCAUCAAACGGAAUGGUCAUCGGCCGGCACGCAUCGGUCAGCGGCAUCAGCUAGCGACAUAAGCCAGACUGCACCGGCCAGCAACUGCGUCGGCCAGCAACUGCGUCGGCCAGCAACGCCCUCUUCCAGCAACCGCAUCGGCCGGCAACACAUCGGCACACCGCAUCUGCUAGAGAGGGCACCACAUCGUCUGGAUUUGCAUCGCUGGCACCGCAUCGUCCGGCAUCGCAUCGGCCGGCACCGCAUUGGCCGACACCGCAUCGGCCACAACAGGGCCACCCCGUCAAGCGACCGCAUCGUCCGGACCGAACCGGUAAGAACAGGACCAUCUCAUCAAGCAACCACAUCGUCCGGACCACAACGGCCAGAACAACACUUUCGGCCAAAACACACCGGCCAGACAUUAAUGUCACUCAUCGGCCAAGGCUUCACCUCGGCCAAGGCUCCUCUUCAGCCGAAUCAAGAACUUCGGGUCACCUCGGCCAUACAGGACCUUCAAAUCAGUCCCCAUCGGCCUAGAGAAUUAGAGAAUGAGGAACAGAAUCCGACCGGGUCAGUGGGACAGCAGUGCGCCCAUCGGCCAGGACUCAUCGGCUCACCCAUCACCCAUUGGCAUCGCCUCGGCCACUGGCAGCGCCUCGGCCAGAACUUGUCAGCCGGCGGCACAUCGUCUCAUCCAUUGGCCGUAUGACAUCGCCUCGGCCACCGGCGCCACCCAGCCGACCAGAGUCCUGCCCGACUAACUGCCGCGUCGCAUCAGGCAGCCUCUUCGGAAAAGCAGGGCGGUCCGGCGGGGAGAACCUCGUCCCCUCUCUUCGGUAAUCACAGCAGGCUUCAGUCCCCAUGGCUUCUGGCGGAUAGGCCGCUUCGUCUUCUCCGUAUUCAUCGCAAGCGACGGACACACCGUCUCCUCUGUAUUCCUCGCAAUCGAUCUCGACUGAAAUAAAAGGAUGCUGGGCUAAAGCUCAAAAUCGACUAAUGGGCCAACAACAUGGCUAUUGAUCACAAAGGCUGGAUUUUCAAGGAGCGGGUCCAAUCUUAUAUUCCCCUGCUUGGAUUCUAAGCAGGGCAGGCUUCGGCCCAAAUACAAGUAAGUCUCAAAAACUUUUCCUCAUAUUUUAUGCAUUAAAUAUUGAGCAAAAUAGUUUUAUCACUAAAAAAAAAAUAGUUUUACUACUAUUCCAAAUAAAAAAAAAAUAAUAUAGUUUUACUAACUAUUCAAAAGAAAAACAAUAAUAAUAAUAAAAAUAAUAAUAAUAAUAAUUACUACCGUUAUUAUUAUUAUCACCGUUGCUAGCGGAUUAAAAUCUCCAAUUGGUGCGGGCCAAAGCCUUAACCUUCCGAACGUCUUUAUUUGAUGAUUCCGAUUAUAUUUGGGUCCCUUGACCUACCAUGGUCAUCUUUAUUUGAUGACCCGGGCAUCUAGAAUGAGAGCCAUCAACGGCCGCACACGGCAUUAUGCCUAGAAGCGGUACACCUCAUUCCCCUACACGCUAAUUGCGUCAUCCAAAAGCCGUUGCAAUAAACAACGCACCUAAAGCCGUCGCAAUAAACGACGCACCCAAAGCCGUUGCAAUAAACAACGCACUCAAAGCCGUUGCAAUAAACAACGCACCUAAAGCCGUCGCAAUAAACGACGCACCCAAAGCCGUUGCAAUACACAACGCACCUAAGGCCGUUGCGAUCCACAACGCGCCUACAAAGCCGUUGCAAUAAACAACGCACCUAAAUAUCGUAUCGGCACAAGCGGUGAAACACCCAAAUCGGCCGGCGAUAUGUAGGACGAAGGACCUGUGUGCAUGGUCCAACGUCUUCAAACGGAGAAGCAUACCGCGUCGUCCGCGCGGAAACUGCAGGACGACAGGCCUGAAUUAAGGCUGAGGUUACAAAAACUCCACCCGUCAGUAAAAUUUCGCUCAGGACCACAAAGGGCGGCCGUCAAAAGACGAUGCCUAGUCCGGUCCCUCAUCGCCUAUAGACGUGGAAAGGCAAAAAAGGAUGCCACUGACACACCAAGCCGAGGGCGUAUUUACUCCCUCGCACUAACACACGCGAAAAGCGUAGCGGACAAAAUACCGCACAUGGACGAAGGGACAGUAACCCUUCGGCCAUCCAAAAAAAAAAAAAAAAAGAGGGAAGCCGACGGACCGCGCACUUGCCGACCUCGAGCAAUAAAAAUAAAUAAAUUCCCCAAACUUAUUAUUCAUCUCAAGACCGGCUCCCAAUGCCGAAGCUCUUGCUCCAUCAUCUCAUGAACGGCCUCCCCAACGCCGUCAUACUUUUAUAUGACGAUCGGCUUCAUCAUCGCCUCGUCAUCAUUAUCCGGAUCGGCUCUUCAUCAUCGCCAUCCGCUCAUCACCACCGGCCCCCCGGCCUCGGCGUGGUGCUUUAUCUCAAGACCGGCCUCCCCAGCGCCAAGUGUCUUGAGCUAGCGACCGGGCUCGCCAUUCCCCUCCUGGAUGGCGACUAUCGCUUCUACAUGACGAUCGGCUUCAUCAUCGCCUCGUCAUCAUUAUCCGGAUCGGCUCCUCAUCGCCAUCCGCACAUCACGACCGGCCUCCCAGCCUUGGCGUGAUUAUUUCUCCUCAAGACCGGCUUCUCAUUGCCAAGUGUCUUGAGUUGGCAAUCGGGCUCGCCGUCCCUUCCUGGAUGGCGACCGUUGCCUCUAUAUGACGAUCGGCCUUCACAUCGCCUCGUCAUCAUAUGUUGGACCGGCUCAUUAUCGCCGUCGUCCUUACAUCGCGUCCGGCCUCUCGGCUAAGGCGUGAUACCUUAUCCCAAGACCGGUCUUAGUCAUCCCUUCCCGGAUGGCGACCGUUGCUUGGAUCUUCGGAUCGGCUCAUCAUCAUCGCCAUCCGCUCAUCACCACCGGGCCCCCCGGCCUCGGCGUGGUGCUUUAUCUCAAGACCGGCCUCCCCAGCGCCAAGUGUCUUGAGCUAGCGACCGGGCUCGCCAUUCCCCUCCUGGAUGGCGACUAUCGCUUCUACAUGACGAUCGGCUUCAUCAUCGCCUCGUCAUCAUUAUCCGGAUCGGCUCCUCAUCGCCAUCCGCACAUCACGACCGGCCUCCCAGCCUUGGCGUGAUUAUUUCUCCUCAAGACCGGCUUCUCAUUGCCAAGUGUCUUGAGUUGGCAAUCGGGCUCGCCGUCCCUUCCUGGAUGGCGACCGUUGCCUCUAUAUGACGAUCGGCCUUCACAUCGCCUCGUCAUCAUAUGUUGGACCGGCUCAUUAUCGCCGUCGUCCUUACAUCGCGUCCGGCCUCUCGGCUAAGGCGUGAUACCUUAUCCCAAGACCGGUCUUAGUCAUCCCUUCCCGGAUGGCGACCGUUGCUUGGAUCUUCGGAUCGGCUCAUCAUCAUCGCCAUCCGCACAUCACGACCGGCCUCCCAGCCUUGGUGUGAUUAUUCCUUCUCAAGACCGGCUUCUCAUCGCCAAGCGUCUUGAGUUGGCAAUCGGGCUCGCCGUCCCUUCCUGGAUGGUGACUGUUGCCUCUACAUAAUGAUCGGCCUUAUCAUUGCCUCGUCAUCAUAUCUCGGACAUGCUCCUCAGCAUCUUCGUCCUCACAUCACGAUCGGGCCCUUCGGCCACGACGUAAUGCUUUAUCUCAAGACCGGCUCCCUCAGCGCCGAGUGUCUUGAUCUAGCGAUUGGGCUUGCUAUUCCCUUCCGGGAUAGCAACCGUCGCCUCUACAUGGCGAUUGGCCUAUCAUUGCCUCGUCAUCAUACAUUGGACCGGCUUAUCAUAGUCGUCAUCCUCGCAUCGCGGCCGGCCUCUCGGCCAAGGCGCGGUACCUUAUUUCAAGACUGGUCUUAGCCAUUCCUUUACUGGGUGGCGACCAUUGCAUGGAUUUUUGGGUCGGCCCCUCAGUGCCGAUCAUGGCAGGCCCUCGGCCUCGACAUGAUCAUAUUCCGCAAGACCGGUCUCAGUCAUUCCUUCAUCGGAUGGCGACCGUUGCUUGGACGUUUGGCUCAGCCUCAUAGUGCUGACGACCUCGCAUCACGAUCGGCCCCCCGGCCUCGACGUGAUGCCCUAUCUCAACACCGGCUUUAUCAGCGCCAAGUGUGUUGAGCUAGCGAUCGGGCUCCUCAUCCCUUCCUGGAUGGUGACCGUCACCUCUACAUGACGACCGGCUCAUCUUUGCCUCGUCAUCAUUAUUCGGAUCGGCUACCCAUUAUCGCCAUCCUUAUAUCACGACCGCCGCCCCGGCCUCGGCGUGAUGAUCUAUCUCAACACCGGCUUCAUCAGCGCCGAGUGUGUUGAGCUAGCGAUCAGGCUCGCCAUCCCUUCCUGGAUGGUGAAUAUCGCCCCUACAUGGCGACCGGCUUAUCAUCGCCUCGUCAUUGUUAUUUUGGAUCGGCUCCUUAUCACGGCCGUCCUCACAUCAUGAUCGGCCCCUAGGCCACGAUGUGAUGUCCUAUCUCCGAGAUCGGCCUCUCAUUGCCGAAUGUCUUGGGUUAGCGAUCGGGCUCUCCAUCCCCUCCCGGAUGGCGACCGUCGCCUCUAUAUGACGACCGGCUCAGCAUUGCCUCGUCAUCGUAUCAUCAGACGGGCGUCCAACGCCUCGUCCUCAUAUUCAGACAGGCGUCCAACGCCUCGUCCUCAUAUGCAGACAGGCGCCCAGCGCCUCAUCCUCAUAUUCAGACAGGCGCCCAGCGCCUCGUCCUCAUAUUCAGACAGGCGUCCCACGCCUCGCCCUCAUGUUCGGAUCUAGCAAACAUCUUGCAGUCUCCGGCUCAAAGACUAAAGGAUCCCUGAUCUCAUCUACAGGCCCAUCGGCCAUAUAUCUUGCUCUGUCAUCUUUAUUUGAUGACGAGAAUCUCAUCUACAGGCCCAUCGGCCAUAUAUCGCUCUGUCAUCUUUAUUUGAUGACGAGAAGCUCAUCUACAGGCCCCUCGGCCAUAUACCGCUCUGUCAUCUUUAUUUGAUGACGAAGAGCUCAUCUGCAGGCCCCUCGGCCAUAUACCGCUCUGUCAUCUUUAUUUGAUGACGAGGAGCUCAUCUACAGGCCCAUCGGCCAUAUAUUAUUCUAUCAUCUUUGUUUGAUGACGAAGAGCUCACCUACAGGCCCAUCGGCCACAUAUCGUUCUGUCAUCUUUAUUUGAUGACGAGGAACUCAUCUAUAGGCCCCUGAGCCAUAUCUCGCCCCGUCGUCUUUAUUUGACGACGUGGAGCUCUUAUGCAGGCCCCUCGGCCAUACAUCGCCCCGUCGUCUUUAUUUGACGAUGUGGAGCUCUUAUCCAGGCCCCUCGGCCACACAUCGCCCCUUCGUCUUUAUUUGACGACGUGGAGCUCUCAUAUAUGCCUCUCGGCCACUACUCCCAGUCAUCUUUAUUUGAUGACGUGGAGCUCACAUCGGCCCAUCGGCCUCAUAUUCUGGUCAUCUUUAUUUGAUGAACCAGACAUCAUAUUAUGGACGGUCGCUCGUCCCAUCCCUUAGUCAUCUUUAUUUGAUGACUAGGACUACUGAUCAUGACGAGCUACCCACAUCUAUGGAUCGGCCUCUGCCAUCCCCUCGGCAGACGCACACCGCUGCGGCUCCACCUCUAGGCCGAAGGGUGCGCACCUUUUGCUUCGUUUUGGGGGCAUCCGGUGUACUCUUUUUCCCUCAUUAGGAUUUUUUCCCACAGGGUUUUUCCUAAUGAGGUUUUUAACGAGGCAUCUCCCCAUUAUGGAUCAAAAGGUGUCAACCCUCGGCCCCCGUUGAAGACAUCAUCAGACAUGCAUUACUCUACUCCUCUUCACCUCGUUACACUCGCCUCAAGGAGUGGGGGACUGGGAGAGCGGGGGACUUAGCGCCUUCGCUACCAAAGAAGCAGAAAUUCAAAAUUUUUGCAAGGAUUGCCACUCGCACCGACGACAUCAUCAUAUCACAUACAUAUUCAGCUGCCACAUCGGCCAGCACAUAUACAUAGCUCCCCGGCGACCUUCGGCUGAGGAUUCUCUCACAGGGUUGCCUCAGUCAAGGCUCGCCAAUGGGACAGGAUCAUCGGCAUGGGAAUCCGGGCGAGGCGCUUCGGCGAUGACAGCAGUUUACUCACCGGACGACGACAGAUCAGCACACAGUUCUACUCUCUUUCGCCUCGAGUACUCUCGACUCAGAGAGUGGGGGACUCCUGAUAGAGUAUAUAGACUCGGACCCCCGGGUCUCACGACUAUUGGGCCCGGACAGCGGCCCACAUACGCUCAGUAGAUAACAUUUAUCUCAUUGUACACUCUAUUUUAUUCAUGUAUAUCCAUUAGAAUAGAUUAGAUACCAUUUAUUAGCCAUUUAUUGGCCUUUUAUUGUAACUGGGCCAGCCAGGCCCAAGCCUGGAAGCCCAGCCCUCUUUUCUCCUAUAAAUACUCCCUAUGGGAGCCAUGUAGGGGAUGGUUGAAUGAUUGAUUGGGAAUUCAUUUACACAUCACUUUAUCUCUCUAGCUCUCACUUCUCUCUAGAAUAAAUAAUCUAUCACUAUGUGAGUAACAUAUCAAUUAUAUAGACACUAUUCAUACUCAAUUAUCUUAAUUAGAAAUAUAGAAUAGAAUGACAUAUUAUUUUUAUCCAUAGAUAUAUGCAACUUUCUUAUCAAAUAUCUGAAAAUUUGACUUUCAAAAUAAAAAUAUUAAUAUUCAUACAUAUUUAAAUUGUAUUAAAAAAAUUGUAUUAAAAAUUAAUAUUUUCAAAACAAUGAUACUUGGUUUACAUUUUGAAUACAUGUAACUUACGUUAAUUUAUAAUAGCUUUUUAUUAAUCAUAAUAUCACACCAUAUAUACAUUACAAAGAAUGCUCAAAAAUAUUAUCUCUCACUUUUCAAAUUAUAAAUUCCUAAAAUGGGAAAAAGAGUGUAACAUCAUUAAAUGAAAGUAGAAAAAAUUAAAAUAGCAAGACUGCAUAUGUUAAAAAUGGGUAAAUACACAUUUUCCCUGAAUGGUAUCUCAAAUUUGUAUUCAACUUUGUAAUUAAUGAUAUUUACAAAUUACAAUUGGAAUCAAUUUUUAUCUCAUUUAUGAAAGUACAAGUUAUUUUUUAUUUUAGUGUAUAUAUUAAUAUAAUUUUGAUAUAUUUUGACCGAGAGUUUCAUCUCUUGAAAAGUUUUAUUAAUUACAUACUACUUAUGUCCCGUUCAAAGGUUCUCAUUACAAAACUACACAAUUAUUUUCAUAAUAGAUAAAUAUGGUAAUUUGAGUGUAUUCUACGAAAUAAUUUUGAUGAUUAUAUAAUAUGAUGGCGAUCAUUGAUGAUAACUGUGAUGUUAUUUUGUAGCUGUUAUAUAUUUAAUACUUGAUGAUUUCACAGGUUUAUGUUUUGAUUAUAGCUACCUCUUGAUAUGAUAAGAAUCUUUUUAUAGAUUUUAUUCAUCUUAUCUGAUCUUUUAGAUAUUGUCUAUUAAAAAUCUAAAGAAUGCAACAUUUCUUCUUUCAAUAACUGUUAUUUUAUGUAAUAAGAUCUUAUUAUCUUCAAUGACUCAAUCUAAUGAAAAAUAAAUUGAUCAGUUCCAAUCAUAAUAUUAUAUGCAGCCUAUCUUCACCGUCAUCACCUUUAGUACAACCGAAAUGUCACAAAAUUAUAUAUUCUAUACUCUUUUCUUAAAGAAAUAAUCAUUAAGUUUGCUAAAAUUUGCUAAAUACUAUCUACCUUAGUGUUAUCUCAAGUUUGAGUUCACCUUUUUAAUUAAAGAUAUUUUGAAUUGGAAUCAAUUAUUUGAUCGGGUCUAUGAAAGCAAAAGUUGUUUUUUACUUUGGUCUAUAUAUUAAAUAUUAACAUAAAUCUUAAUAAAUUUGCGUCAAGAAUUUCAGAUCUCUGAAAACAGCUUUAACUACAUAUAUAUCAUUCGCAUCAUGAUGUUAAAAGUGGUGUUUAAGAGCUAGAUAAAUAAGCUAGGCUAUGUGUAAAAGACAAUUCUAUAACAUGCACACAUUAUAGAAUGUUGAUGUAUAUAUAUACUAUGUGAUUCUAAAAAAAUCACUUGAUCCCGUGCACGGCACAGGUACAAAUACUAUUGAAAAAUCAAAUGUAAUAAAUGCUGCUAGCAUUACUCUGUACGGAAGGUUUUGGCGCUAUCUUCCUUGGAAGUCUUCAAGUCAGAGUCAAAACAUAGAGUACACAAUAAAAAUGUUGUGUGAACCAAAAACAAUGGAAAACGACACUAGGGAUGAUUUAUAUGAAAGUAUCGCCGUCUGUGGGAAUCGAACCCACGACCACGUGGUUAAAAGCCACGCGCUCUACCAGCUGAGCUAAGACGGCUUGGAUGUUACUGUAACUCCAGGUUUUAUACUUGUUAUUUCGUAUGUAGUGCGAAGUAUUAUACAAGCUCUUGCAAUUAAUAUAAUUUGUUUUUUUUUAUCAUGGGGCUAUGGGAGUGUAACAAAUUGUUAAUUGCUUCGUAUUUUGCAUGGAAACGAUAUGUUUUACUCAAAUAUUUUUGAAUAAAUACGAGACAAAAACAUAUUAACAAAAAAAUACUUUGUAAUCUGACAACUAUUAAAUUCUCGGUAAAUUUGAGAAUCAAAACACCUAACACUUUACGGACCAAAGAUAUUUUUAAAUGGAUUGAUUUUACGCAUUAAGACAACUAUAUUACACAAAAAUAACAAUUAGACAAAAAGUUACAUUUUCUUUUAAUUUCCAAAAAAUAAGACUAAAUAUGAGGAACACAAUGAUCAGUUACAUUUACUUGAUCUAAUCAGUUACAGAUAUCUCACUAAUCAGUUACAGUUACCUGAGUCAACCAAUUACAGUUAUCGGACUCACCAAUUACAGUUACCAGACUCCAAUUGGGCUGUCACAUGACUCACAUGCAUGUAUGGCAUAUUGGCAUGGCAUUGCUUUCAAAUUUUGCAAUUGUUAUAACUUUUUCAUUUUUGUUUCAAUUUUGUCAAAUAUAUCAAUAUUUUUAUUUUUUUUAUGAUAUUUCAUUUGAUACCAAUAUUGUAUAUGUAAAAAUAAAAAAUCAGCUAAAAAUAGAUGUGCACAGACAAUAGUUGUGUGUAUGCAGAAAAAAUUCUAGCCAUUUUUUAUUAACCAGCUUCAACUUGAACUUCUCAUUGCAUCUAUGAGUCAAUAUCCAACUAUUCAACUGGAUAUAUCUAUAUUUUUUUCCCACGGCGCAAUGCACUUAAAAGGAUAGUUACUUGCACAUGUUGCUUGGAGUCUAAUAGCCUCAUUCUUAACUAGGGGUAUGCUCCAGUUCAACAUCGAACCACACCCGGAACCGGACUCGCAAAACAAAAUAGAAACUGAAAACCGGACUUGAUACAUUCCGGGUUUGAUCCGGAAUCGAACUGAUUUUACUAGUUCAAAAUCGGAACUGGACCGGAAGAACCGAUGUCUAUAUUAUUACUCCCUCAGUCCCAAAUUGUAAGAUACAUUUACUAUUCACUUGGUCAACAUAAAUCACUCUCAAUCUUUUACUUUAUAUAUCAAAAAUUUAUGAAAUUUGAAUUAUUUUUUGCAGGCUUUGUAGCGGUUUUAUUGUAGUUUCUGAAUAUGUAAAUUUUAUUUUCUAAAACUAAUUUGAGUGUUGACAGGGAUCAAUUUGCUUUAUCGUCAGUCAAACAUAGUAAACCGUAAAGUAUCUUACAAUUUGGGACGGAGGGAGUAUAAUUCAAUAUACUAAAAAAAUACAAGUAAUUUGUUUAAAUGAAAUGGGGUAUUUGUUACCAAUAAUUAUUACGGAGUAGUAUUUAUUUAUUUACUUUUAUUAGUCUUAUAGAACAAAGAUUGAAGCAUUUUGAGUGUAGAAUAGUAAAUAACUAAAUACGUAGUAUUAGUUAAAAUUCUGAAUGGAUCCCCAUUUAAAAAGAUUAUUGGGUUAUACCAAAGGGCAUUAGGGCAGGCUAUUAACUUUAAUAAAAGCAGUUUUGGAUGUGGGAAAACUUCCCUGGCUAGAAUCAGGAGAAUGGAGAGACUCUUAGGUAUGACCAAAGUUAGCUUGCCAAUGAAAUAUUUGGGAGCUACUCUGCAUAGAGGAACAAAUAGAAAGAGUUACUGCACAGACAUCACUCAGACUUUUGAUAAGAAGCUGACUAUUUGGAAACAAAUAUACCUUAAUCAGGGAGGGAGGAUUAUCUCGAUCAAGCGUGUUCUGAACACUAUCCCUUUACAUAUUAUAGCAGUUGAUUCCUUACCAAAAUCUAUGGUGAGUAUUCUGGAGCAAAAAUGGCUCACUUUUUAUGGGGUACUAAUAAAAGCAAGCCUAAAUAUAAUUGGAUUAGAUGGAGUGAUGUUUGUUUGCCUACUUCUUAAGGUGGCCUAGGAAUUCGACUACUCAGAAAUAUUGAAUUAGCAUACUCCCUGAAGCUCUGGUGGAAAUGGAGGUGUAAUAGUUCUAAUUGGGCUAAGUUCUGUCAUUCAAGAUACUCGAGGGGAAAUGACAUGGUUCCUAAGGCUACGGACUCAGCUGUUUGAAAAAAAAAUUGUAAGAGUCAUCCAGUACGCACCACAUUCAGUUCUCAAAAUCAAGAGGGAGAGUUUGUUUGGCUACCUGAGCAGAAUGGAAUCUUCACUCUAUCAUCUGCCUUUCAUAUCGUUAGAAGAAGAAAGAACGAUAUCUUCUCAUUCUCUCAUGCCUGGAACAAAUAUCAACAUAGCAAGAUACAAUUAUUUCAAUGGAAAAUGCUUAAUAGAAUCUUGCCAUUUCCAGACAACUUGAACAUAUUUAGGAUUACUCUCUUUCCUACUAUAUGUCCAUUUUGCAACAAAGAAUCUAAAAGGAUGGAUCAUAUUCUCUUUGUGUUCUUACAGUAUGCAAAUUUGGAACUACUUUUUAGGCAUUUUUGGGGCACCUAAGCCUACAGGUACUACAACUAGGCAGCUUUUAAUCUCCUGGUGGUUGGAGGCAGGAACUAAAAUGAUAAUGGACAUUUACAAACACAACAUCCCAGGUAUUAUAACAUGGCACAUAUGGAAGGUUUAAUGUAAUAUUAAUUGGGGUGAUUCCAAUAAUAUCCCAGAUUAUAGGCUCGUUAUAUAACAAAUUAAAAAUUUCAGUCAGGAAUAGACUGAGACGAAACUUUCAAAGCUUAAGAUUGGUUUUCCUGAACCGAUUCUCUAUGAAGAACAUCUUUUGCUCAAAAAUUCAAGGCAGCCAAACCGACUAUUCAGAUUUUUAGAUGAAAGUUACCUGAUUUAGAUUUCAAGCUCAAUGUGGAUGCUUCUUUUGCUGAUGGUAGAGCGGCAGGAGGAGCAGUGAUGUGAUCCAGGUCAGGGGAUUUCCUUUUUGCUCUUCAUUUCUCUAUCUCAGCAACGUUGGCUCUAGAGGUAGAGAUUUUAGCGAUUUACAGAUCGGUAUCUUGGUUAGUUGAUAAUGGAUAUCGAUCUUUUGAGGUGGAGUCUGACUCAUUUCAGGCGAUUGGAGUCAUCUGUGAUACAUCUCAGGCCGGAAGAUGGAGGACGAUGGUGUUGUAGUUAAGAAGGUGGAUGGUCGAGGAUGAGAUAAGGUUCGGACAUAAUUUUCGCGAAGUUAACUGGCCUAGGACACUUUAAGUCUAAACACUAUGCAAAUGACUUUCUUAUUAUUGAUUCUAUCAGACAGAUUCUGGGUUAUAUCAGAUGUUAUUUGAUUGCUGAUUAGUUAGGUCUUUCUUAUUUUAGAUUUUGUUGAUUUUUUCUUGUAGCUUUGAGUCAGGUCUACCCCCCCCCCCCCCCCCCCCAAAGUAUUUUUUCCCCUUAUGUUUUGUUCUACUGUCAUGUACUUUGGGAAGGAAUGCCUUCUCUGGGGGGAGGUUUUGGUCUAGUUCCUCUCUUCAUAUGUAUUCUUUUUAUUAUUCUUAAUAAAACAUGGUAAAUGUUCCCCGGCAUUUACCCCACCGAUUUUGGUGGUUUGCCUUCCAGGAUAAUAAAAAAAAUAUUAGUUAAUUCUAUUACCAAGAAAAUAAUAAUAAAUAGAUAAAUACACAUUAGGACAAUAUAUAUUACAUAUUAAAAAGAUUACUAUAUUCAAUAAGUUAAUUCUGUCCGAUUUUCCGGUUUGAACCAGUUUGUGCACACCUAUAUUCUUAACCCACCUAAUAUCCCUCUCAUACUGCACGUACUGGGUAAUUAAUCAGGGUUGUUUGA